AUGGCAAUGGGUUAUAAUAGUUCAAUAUCUUCAAUAUCAAAAAAUCCCCGCAGCAAGACCGCAAAGAACGAUAAUAAUGUUCUUCCCAACAAUAAUCUUUUUCCCACCAAAAAUAAUAUUCGCGCUAACAACAAUAACAACGACAAUAGUAAUAUUUCUCAACAAUCAAAACUAUUAAAUCAUCAAAAUAUCGAAAAAGAAAAAGAAGAAAAGAUUCGAAAUAAAAAACAUUUACAACAACCAAUUAAUAUUAAUAACGAAAGUGUAAUGAAUGAAAUUACAAGAUUGCCAACAGCCUAUGCUCCAAGGGCACGUGUCCUGUAUGAUGAUAAUAAAAGAUCAAAAUCUGAAACUUUCUCGUCUUCUCCACUUUCCUACCCAUCAUUGUCAACUUCAACAAAAUUCUUGAAACCAACACAAACAAAAUCAUUUGUAACAAUAAAAUCUUUAAACUCUUCAUCAGAGACAUCACCUAGUAACAAGGCAAAUAAUAAUCAUCUAUCAAUAGACGAAAGUCAUUAUGAAUCAUCUCAAAACUCCUCUCAAACUAUAGUUCUUAAUUUAUGUGACUACUAUACCGAUGAUAAUAAUACUAUUGACAAUCGUCAUUCUAAAGGCAACUAUAUUGAUAGUUAUUAUCAUAAUAGCAAUUAUAGUGGGAAUGCUGAACAAGCAGAAGAUCAUCACAAUCACGACAAUGACACUAAUAAUAAUGAAAAUGAUAAUAAGAUUAAGAUUGAUGUUGAUGAAUCCCCUCCCGUUAAUAUUAAACCAACAUCUUCUAAACUUAAAAAGAAUUCUUAUGAUAAUUAUUCACCACCAUUGAAACCACUGUCGCCACCGCCACAAUCAACAACACUGCUGCUACCUAAAAAUUUCUCGAUAUCUGAUUCUUUUAAAACGUUAACAUCCUCAUCACCAUCAUCACAUUCAAGACUUAAUUCUUGGUUAACUAGUAGCCCUAAUAAAAACGACAACGUCAACAAUGAUAAAUUUUUAACACUUAACCAAAAUACCGAUGGUAAUAUUGCUAGUAGUGAUAAAAGUGUUUAUUAUAGUAAAACUGAUUCCGUCAGCAUUGAUCCUCAUUUGUAUGAUAAAAGUAACACAAAUAUUCUAAUUGAUAAUGCCAGUAAAAAAAUAUCUCGAGUAGAAUUAAUUAAAGAAUCAGAACAUGAAUAUGAACACAAGUAUGGUGAAGAUUAUAAAGGAGGUGAUCAUAAUGAAGAAGAAAUAGUUUUUGAUAGUCGUAACUAUGACAAUGACAGCGAGAUAAAAAUAUUGGUAGAAGAUAAUGACUUUAAUCAAAGUAGAAUAUCAGAUUCACCAAUUGAAUUACCAAAACUUCCUAAAAUUCUUGUUAACAAGAAUUUAAGUAUAAAUUUUGAAAGAUUCAGUUUAUUUAGAAAUGCUCCGGGAUGUAUAGAUAAAGAUGGCUAUUACUAUGAUGAUAACAAUCGCAACCUUAACGGUAAUGGUGAUAGUAAUAAUCGUGUGACCAACGUUUAUCUUUAA